UGUUUUGCUUCUGAAUUGGGUGCUCCAGAUCCAUGGUAUCAAGUGGGAUUCAUUCUCACAACAGGAAUCAACAGUUCUUAUGUACUAGGAUAUUCAGGAUCAAUUAUGGUUCCAUUGGGAUGGAUUGGUGGAGUAGUUGGCUUGCUUUUAGCAGCUGCCAUAUCACUAUAUGCCAAUAUUCUUCUUGCUCGUCUUCAUGAAGUUGGAGGUAAAAGGCAAAUAAGAUACAGAGAUCUUGCUGGCCACAUAUAUGGAAGGAAAACAUAUUGUCUUACAUGGGCCCUCCAAUAUAUUCAUUUGUUCAUGAUCAACACUGGUUAUAUCAUUUUGGCUGGACAAGGAUUGAAGGCUAUUUAUGUUCUAUACCGAGAUGAUGAUGCUUUGAAGCUUCCAUACUGUGUAGCGAUUGCCGGAUUUGUUUGUGCUCUUUUUGCCUUUGGAAUACCUCAUCUUUCUGCUUUAAGGAUAUGGCUAGGAUUCUCAACAUUCUUUAGUCUUGUAUUUAUUGUCAUAGCAUCCGUGCUUUCACUAAAGGAUGGAUUGAACAGUCCGGCGAGGGAUUAUAGCAUUCCUACAUCCCACUGGAACAAGGUUUUCAGCACCAUUGGUGCGAUUGCUAAUCUAGUUUUUGUUUACAAUACUGGGAUGCUGCCUGAAAUACAGGCAACAGUGAAAGAACCUGCCAUAAAAAAUAUGGAGAAAGCCUUAUGGUUUCAAUUCACAAUUGGUGGUUUGCCCUUGUAUGCAGUUACUUUCCUGGGUUAUUGGGCUUAUGGUUCCUCAACUUCUACCUAUCUCCUCCAAAAUGUCCGAGGACCGGUUUGGGUUAAGACCGUAGCCAACACUGCUUCCUUUCUCCAAACAGUUAUCACGUUACAUGUAAGCAGUUUUCCAAGGAAAAGAUCUAUAGUGUACACCCAAAUAUAUAUAAUGCUCCAACAAAAAUAUCUUGUGUGGGUCACAAUGCAUGUUUGAUCAAGAAAAACCCCAAAACAUGGUAAAUUAUAUGUGGUUGCUUUCAUUAUAACCACUCAUCAUCAUUAGCCUUAUUCAAUUAAUUAUUUGGGUUUGUCUUUAUGAAUCAUAAUCUUCUUAGUUCUUGCUAACUAUGGCCUUGUUGGUUAGAUAUAUUCAUAACAGAUCAUUUUGAAAAACUUACAUAUAUAUUAUCUGCGAGCCUAAAUGGUCCAUUGACCCUUAACCUUAUUCAGAAUUGGGAUUGACAAUAGCAGUUUUCAUGCUUGAUCAUAGUCCUACAAAUGUUCAUUUUCAUGCUUUCUUUUGUUGGCUUUUUUUGAAAUUGGUUAAAACUUCCUUAGCACCUUUCAAAAUUUUCAAGCUUGGAUCACCUUCUAUCAGCUUGGGUAGCCCAAUUUCACUGUCCAGGCUAUGCUAUUCAUAUUAUAAGAGCAUGAAUACUACAGGAAAAUGACUUAUUACCAGUGAACAAAAUCCGCCGGUAACAAGGGAAAUCCGCCGGAAAAUUUGUUUUUUUGGCAGAUUUUCAUACAAUGGUAAUUCGCCCGUCGGAAUGUCUUUGCCGGCAAAAUUUAUCCUCCGGAAACAUUUCCGAUGCAAUUCCUGCGAAAAAAUGAAGGUUGCUUGUCAUUUUCUUUGGACAGAUACCGGCGUUUAAUCUGACGGUAUUUCCGGUUGAAAUGUUGAGCUGGAAUUACUUGUGGAUUAUCCGCCGGCCUAUAAAACCGGCGUAUUCUCCUCCGGAAAUACCGGCGUAAUGUAUGUAUCAGAAAUAUAAAUAAAUUUCUUUGUAUCGUAUUUUUGUCGGUGAUUAUCGACGGAAAAUGCACCAGAAUAUAAUAUAUACCGGCGAUUUAGCCAGCGAAAUAUGCAACGGUAAAUUA